GACCUAGCUGCCUGCUGCCCUAUUCGAUUCUUCAUUUGAGCGUGACGAACGUCUCUGCUCAGAGAGCCAACACGAGAGGAGAGAGUGACUGAGUGAGAGACCCUUCAUUCUGGCCUUCUUCUUCGACCCUUCGAAGCCCUCUGGCCUUCGUGAGUUGGUCUUCCACACUGCGAACCAGCAGGAGCCCUUCGCGAGUUCGUCACUUCGUCAGGAGCUUCGCGAGUUCAUCGUGGACAUUUUCAAACCAGAAGGAGCUCCUCGCAAGCCCGUCUUUGAGCGUUUGUGAGUUCGUGAGUUCAUUUGCGUCGAAGUUCGAAUUUGUCUAUCCGCCACCAAUGGACGUCCUCUUCAACUCCAUCGAUGUCCGAGAUCUCCUCUCCACUCACGACCUUGACGACUCCUCUCCACUCUCUGCACCCGAUCUCCGCCUCCUCAUUGACCGUCUCCAAGUCCGUUCCCUCCACAUCAAAUCCCAAGUCCACCAGUACCUCCUCUCUAAUCGCCACGACUUCGAAGAGAUCUUUGCUGCUUGUUCCGCCGCCUCCGACAGAUCGGCGGAGAUCUCGGACACCUUCCUCGAGCUCCUCCGCCUCAUCUCCGAUCGUCCCGUGGACGCUGAGAUUUGCGAUACCAUCAAGGAAAUAGCGAAAACGGCGAGGGAGGCAAGGGAGAAGAGGGAGUUGUUGGGGCUAGUGAGAACAAUUGUGGAAUUGAGCGAGAGGUUGAAGGGUGUGAGAGAGGAUGUGAAUGUCGGACGGCUGGUAAUUGCGGCGGAGAAGUUGAGGGACUUGAAGAAGGCCAUUAGGGUAAGUGAGGUAGAGGGGGGAGAGCCAGUGGUGUAUGGCUUGCUGAGGAAGGAGUGGCUCCAGUGUUUCGAUGAGAUUCAAGAAGUGCUUGUGAGGUUCAUAGAGAAAGCAGUGCAGUUUGAGAAGGAGCAGAACAGUGUUCGUGUCAAGUAUCAAUUGACCGUUAAUGAAAUUGACGGAGUGGAACUCCACAGAGUUCUGGAAGCAAUGGAUGUGGUUGGCAUUCUAGAUUAUGGGCUUGCCAAAGUUGCUGACUUGAUGAACAAGUAUGUUAUCAUUCCUCUGCUAAGUUGCAGCUCUCCUAUAUCAUUAGUAGAAGAAUUAUAUCGAGACUCAGAGCAGAUGACUAUGGCAGAUUUGAAGAUAGUCCCAUCUUCUGAUCAUAAGAUUGAAGACAUGGAUGGUGAGGUUGUCUAUUCAAGGAUAAUACAAGUUGUUAAGUUCAUUUACAAAUUCAUAUGCCUUCAAAAUGGUACUUGGAUACAAUGUUUUGGGAGAUUGACGUGGCCAAGGAUAUCGGAAUUGAUUAUUUCUAACUUCCUUUCCAAGGUUGUCCCCAAUGAUGCUUCGAAGCUUGCUGAUUUUCAGAAGAUCAUAAAGCAAACUUCUGAAUUUGAGUCAGUUUUAAAGGAAAUGAUGUUCAUUUCUGCAUCUGAUGACAAGGAUGAGCGGUUGAGCAAUUUUGCUGAAAAUGUUGAGGUUCACUUUGCAACUAGGAAAAAGACUGAAAUCCUGGCAAAGGCAAGAAAUUUGCUUCUGCGAUGUGACUUUGCCCUUCCUCAGGAGUAUACAAGGAAAGGUCUUAACUUAAAGAAUUAUGAAAUUGCGGGCAUUACGUCUGAUCAUGUAGUUGAGUUGCUUUUCUCAUCUGAGAGGUGUGUGGUAUCUGAAGCAGCUUUACAACUAAUGGAACUAGUGCAUCAAACGCUUAAGGAUGUCUGCUUGUCUUCUACAAGAGUGGCUUUGGAAUUUUAUCAUGCUGCUAGGGAUGCAAUUCUUCUCUAUGAAGCUGUUAUUCCUGUCAAGCUAGAGAGGCAGCUUGAUGGCAUCAAUCAGGUAGCUGUUCUAAUGCACAACGACUGUCUUUAUCUGUGUCAGGAAAUCCUUGGUCUUGCAUUUGAGUAUUGCUCAGACUUUCCUUCUUCAAUUAAGGAACAUGUUGUUUUUGUUGAUUUGGCUCCUAGAUUCCAACUAAAGGCAGAAGAAAUACUGAAGAAACAAAUUCAGCUUGUCAUUUUUAACUUGAAAGAGGCUAUAGAUGGAGCUGAUGGAUUUCAGAAUACUCACCAAAUGCAGCAGUAUGAAUCUACGAAGUUUAGUAUAGAUCAGGUGGUUUUUAUCCUUGAGAAAGUCCAUAUUAUAUGGGAGCCCCUUUUGCUGCCUUCUACUUACCGGAGAAGUAUGGGGUUGGUUCUGGAGUCGGUUUUUUCUAGAAUGGCAAAAGACAUACUCCUGUUAGAUGAUGUAGCCGCAGAGGAAACAUUGCAGCUUCAAAGGCUGAUUCAUAUGAUGCUGGAAAACCUGUCUUCGUUGCUGGAAUCCUUGAUUGAUGUUAACCAACAAAGGAAAUUGCAAGAUGCCUCUGUGGACUCGCUUAAUGAACUGAUUCCAUCUCUGCGCAAAGUCCGCAAAUUGGAAGAUUUACUAGAUAUGCCUUUAAAAUUUAUUACAACAGCUUGGGAAAGCGGUGAACUAGUCAAUUGUGGUUUCACAUUUACAGAGAUGGAAGACUUCAUCAAAUCCAUAUUCACAGAUACACCUCUGAGAAAAGAAUGCUUAUGGAGGAUAAAAGGAGCAAGCUUUUAGAAGGUUCUUGUGUAUUAUGUUCGCCCAUUCAGGCGGUGUUGAUCCAUCCGCCACCAGCUGGAGUCAAACCAAACAGCAUUUGAUGCUGUUUUCUUUACUGACCUCUGGUUUGUAAAUUAUCUUUCAUUUAUUUUAAAAAACCGGAUGGCUUAUACUGAUAUAUAAGCGAUUCUUGUAAAAUCUGAGCUUUGUAAAAAAAGAUUCCCGGAAAAAGGGAAAAAGCAAAGUUAUAUUGGUUGAGUAGGUGACUGUAAAUGGUCCACAAUUUUUCGUUAUGGAUAAGGAAAGCGUUUGCGUCA